AUGACAAGAGUAAUUACGCCGGAAAGUGGAAUACCACAAAAACUAGCACCGAUGCAACUAUUAUAUUGGCUCCCUGGCAUGGGAAGUGCUCCGACGGUAAUGCAAGCUCCACCAGAAGUAGAUAAUACGACCAUGCAACCGGAGGAAGCAACGAUGUUUACAGCAGUAAGGAAAUUGACAUACUCAAUUGGAUCUCAAAAGCAGACUAUGGCGGAAGUAGUAAAAGGGAACAGAACACAAACACAGGGCAUGCAAUUAAAAUUCUACCCACCGAUGGUGAAGGAUGGCGUGAAAACAGCAAAACUAAACACCAAGGAGAUAGAAUUGCAAGUUCAAAAAUGGAAGACAGCUUUAAUAGGGUAUGUAUUGGGUGGAAAUCCAUCAUUUAAAGAUAUGUUAAAGUUUGUAUAUGGUGUAUGGAAUUUUGUUACAACUCCAACAGUUUUGAUGCAUGAUGAUGGCUAUUUCAUUUUUAAAUUCGAAUCUAUGGAGGACAAAGAGAUGGUAAUGCAGCAGGGACCGUAUACAACUAACAAUAGGCCUAUGAUUCUAAAAGAAUGGGAUCCAAAUUUCCAGAUCAAAGAAGAAUCCAUGAGAAUUGUUCCACUGUGGGUCAAUUUUCCAGGUCUGCCUAUUCAAUGUUGGACUGAGGAAAACCUAGGAAGGAUUGCUAGCCUUCUAGGUAAGCCAAUUUGUACUGAUAGAUUAACUGCGGAAUGUGAGAGGAUCUCAUAUGCUAGAGUACUAGUUGACAUGGAUAUCACACAGCCUUUACCAGAGGAAGUCCACAUUGAAAUCCCCGGUCAAAAAAGUUGGAUUCAAAUGGUGGAAUUUGAGUGGAAACCAAAAUUCUGCCUAGAGUGCAACAACUUUGGGCAUGAUAAAGGAAAAUGUCAACAGGAAGUGAAACAGGAACAAAAUAAAGGCAAGCAGAAGAUGAACACACAAAAUUUGAAGCAUAAGGAGAUCAAUUAUGAGGAACUAGCAAGUAGGAAUAGGUUUGCACCAUUGAUGAUAAAAGAGAAGCCACCUGAAAAGACUAUGCAGGAAGAAACUAGAAAUGAUGAAGCAGGACAAAGGAGCCUAAACAGCACUCCUAAUGCUCAGACACCAUGA